GACAACUAUAAAGUCACGUGUUCAUCUUCUUUCUUUCUCUCUCUACGAACAACCGAAAAGGAAAUCAAGAGGACAUCAUUAAGGACGUCCGUAUUUUUACACCAUGUCUGAUACGGAAGGAGGUGAUGUCCCUAGCCCAGCACCAGGCGGGCCAAUGGAUAUUAAUACUGCCCUACAAGAGGUUUUGAAGACCGCUCUCAUCCACAAUGGCCUCGUUCGUGGUUUACACGAAGCAGCAAAGGCAUUGGACAGGAGACAAGCCCAUCUUUGUAUUCUUGCAAAUAACUGUGAUGAACCKAUGUAUGUCAAGCUUGUGGAGGCACUUUGUGCUGAACACACCAUCAAGCUUCUKCGGGUUGAUGACAGCAAGAAGCUUGGAGAGUGGUCAGGUCUUUGYAAGAUUGACAAGGAAGGCAAAGCCAGAAAGGUUGUUGGAUGUAGCUGUGUUGUGAUCACAGACUAUGGCAAGGAAAGCCCUGCUCAUGAUGUUGUGAUGCAGUACUCCAAAUCCAAGGGCAUUGCAUAAGCAAAUUGCUCAAAUAAACAGUGUUCAAUAGUC